UUGGUCGAAGUUCAGCCUAUUGUCGCCACAAGCUUCUUUUAUAUCUGCGCUCAGUCUGAGCAGAGGCUCUCAGUCAGCUCCACAGGAGGGCUUUCCAGCAACAGAGGGCGAAGAGGAUCCAAAACUCGGAGGCGGCCGCGCUGUCAGAGUUGCCCCGUUUGGGCUCCGGAUGUAUUCAAGGGCUGGAGCUCUCCUGCGUUAGGGGGCCCCGACAACGUUCAUGGGACCCGGAGAGUCGGACAAGAGUUCUCCCGUUUUUCGCCACGGUUGUCAUUCCCCGGCCAUGCCACGAUGCUGAUGAUACCUCUGCUGGUGUUGGCGAGCCUGUUGGAACCCGUUUGGCCCCGGAGCCGCUGCGCGCCCGGCCACGUUUGCGACCCCCGGCCGCGGAGGGACGCCGGGGGCCGCGGAGGAGUGUACGAGCACCUCGGCGGAGCGCCGAGGCGCAGAAAACUUUACUGCGCCACGAAAUACCACUUACAGAUUCACCCGAAUGGGAAAAUAGACGGAUCGCUGGAGGAAAACAACCCCUUCAGCAUCAUGGAAAUCACAGCGGUGGACGUCGGUGUUGUGGCUAUAAAAGGUCUCUUCUCUGGCCGAUACCUGGCUAUGAAUGAUAAAGGAAGGCUCUACGCCUCGGAAGUGUUCAACAGAGAGUGCGAAUUUGUGGAGCGCAUCCACGAGUUGGGGUACAACACCUACGCCUCCCGCCACCACUCCACAGAGCAGCCUCCGUCCUCGGGGGGAAGCAGCAGCAGCAGCAGGCGGCGGGCCAGCGCCAAGAGGCUGUGGUACGUCUCCAUCAACGGCAAGGGACGGCCGCGGCGGGGCUUCAAGACCCGGAGCACCGACAAGGCUUCGCUCUUCCUGCCCCGCGUGCUGGGCAACAAGGACCACGAGAUGGUGAGGAGUCAGGGCGCGCAGCACCAUGGCCGGCACGGAGAGCGCCGGCGGCGCCGACACCGGGCCAGAAAGGGCCGGCGGACGGAGGACUCGGCAGACUUUUAG